AUGGACAAAGAAGGUCUUGGACUUGAAAUCACUGAGCUAAGGUUGGGCCUUCCUGGUGCGGUGGACAAGAACGAGAAGAAAAGGGUGUUCUCGGAGAUUGAUGAGGCUGAUGUUGAUGAUGAAAACAUGAUGAGUUGCUUCGGAAACCGGCAGAAAAAAAUGCCGACGAAGAAUCAAGUGGUGGGGUGGCCUCCGGUGUGCUCGUACCGGAAGAAGAACAGCAUGAAUGAAGCCUCAAAAAUGUACGUUAAGGUUAGCAUGGACGGUGCUCCGUUCUUGCGUAAAAUUGAUUUAGGUAUGCAUAAGGGAUACUCAGAGUUAGCCUUGGCCUUGGAGAUGCUCUUCACUUGUUAUGGAAUCGGCGAGGCGUUGAAGGAUGCGGACAAUUCUGAACACGUUCCCAUCUACGAGGACAAAGAUGGUGACUGGAUGCUGGUUGGAGAUGUUCCUUGGGAGAUGUUUAUCGAGUCAUGCAAGAGGCUGAGGAUUAUGAAGAGAUCAGAUGCAAAGGGCUUCGAUCUGCAACCAAAAGGGUCCUUAAAGGGAUUUAUAGAAGGCGUGACAAAGUGA